AAAUUUCGCAUCUUUUUUACAAUUUACCGCUUUCCAUUCAAGGUAAAUCUCAAAUUAGGUUUACCCAUUUAUCUAUAUACAUAAUAAUUAUCUGUAUCUAUUUUAACAACUUGUUUUACUUCAAAUUUUGCAACAUUGGUUUCCAAGAUUAGGGCUUAAAUGUGUAUAUAGAUGUGUAUAUCAAAUGAGAAUGAUGAAGAGGUCAAGAAGUGAAGUCUUUGGUUUAAGAAGGGUAAAACUGCCUCAUAUAUUGUUUGGUUUAGCUGCAUUGUAUUUGAUUAUUGUUUGUUUUAAGUUUCCGGAUUAUUUUGAUACAUCGGGUAGUAUUGUGUCGACUAGUAGUAGUAUUGAGGAUGUUAGGAAUUACGCGUUAGAAGGUAGUAGUAGUAGUACUAGUACUUUGCCUUUGAUAAGAUCUGCAUAUCGUGAAAAAAUUAGUGAAUCGGCUUUAGGAAAUGAUAAUGUAGUUGAUAAGAGUUUAAAUGAGGAAAAUUCGGAUAAAGAUGAUGGCUUUCCGCCUGUUGAUCUUAGAUACGGGCGGUUAACUGGGAAUAUAUUGAAACAAAGGUAUAGGACUAAAGAUAUGUCGGGGUUGGAGAAAAUGGCGGAUGAGGCUUGGAGUUUAGGUUUGAAGGCGUGGGAAGAGGUUGAUAAGUUCAAUGAAAAGGAGACGGAGUUGUCGUCAGUGCUUGAAGGGAAGCAAGAAAGGUGUCCGCCUUGGGUGUCGGUUAGUGGUGAAGAGUUGACUAAAGGAGAUAGGAUGAUGUUCCUUCCGUGUGGUCUUGCUGUUGGGUCUUCUAUUACAGUAGUGGGAACGCCUCAUCGUGCUCAUAAUGAGUAUGUUCCUCAACUUGCGAGAGUUAAGGCUGGUGAUCCAUUGGUUUUGGUUUCACAGUUUAAGGUUGAGUUGCAGGGGUUAAAGUCUGUAGUUGCAGAGGAUCCUCCGAAAAUUUUGCAUUUGAACCCUCGAUUGAGGGGUGAUUGGAGUCAUCAACCGGUGAUUGAACACAAUACUUGCUAUAGGAUGCAAUGGGGUGCAGCUCAGAGGUGCGAUGGUUUGCCUUCGAAAGGCGAUGAUGACAUGCUUGUUGAUGGAUUUCCAAGAUGUGAAAAAUGGAUGCGUAAUGAUGUUGUCGAUUCAAAAGAAUCACGGACAUCAUCGUGGUUUAAGCGAUUUAUAGGACGUGCCCAGAAACCAGAAGUGACAUGGCCAUUUCCUUUUGUGGAGGGUAAAUUGUUUGUCUUGACCAUACGUGCUGGACUUGAUGGAUACCAUGUAAAUGUCGGAGGCCGACAUGUGACAUCAUUUCCCUAUCGUACAGGGUUUACACUUGAGGAUGCAACAGGAUUAGCAAUUAAAGGGGAUGUAGAUGUUCAUUCUGUUUAUGCCACAUCCCUCCCAGCCUCUCAUCCGAGCUUUUCACCACAAAGGGUCAUAGAAAUGUCAGAGAAAUGGAAAGCUAAACCUUUGCCACACCAUCCUAUACGAGUUUUUAUUGGGAUUUUGUCUGCUACCAAUCAUUUCGCAGAGCGCAUGGCUAUUAGGAAGACAUGGAUGCAGUCUUUGGCAAUCAAAACCUCAGAUGUAGCAGUUCGCUUUUUUGUUGCGCUGAGUCCAAGGAAGGAGCAAAAUGCAGUUCUCAAAAAGGAGGCUGCUUACUUCGGAGAUAUUGUUGUAUUAACAUUUAUGGACCACUAUGAGCUUGUGGUGCUUAAAACCAUAGCCAUCUGUGAAUAUGCGGUCCAAAAUGUCAGUGCUGCAUAUGUAAUGAAAGUUGAUGAUGACACUUUCACAAGAGUGGAUACCAUCUUGAAAGAACUUGAUAGAGUCCCUCAUCAACAAUCUCUAUAUAUGGGAAAUCUGAAUCUGUAUCACAGACCUUUAAGACAUGGCAAAUGGGCAGUCAGUUUUGAGGAAUGGCCAGAAGCGGUAUAUCCAACUUAUGCAAAUGGACCAGGAUAUAUAAUUUCCAGCGACAUAGCCAAGUUCAUCAUAUCCCAACACGCCAAAAGAAAACUCAGGAUAUUCAAAAUGGAAGAUGUGAGCAUGGGAAUGUGGGUUGAGCAGUUUAACAGCACCACUCCAGUCAAAUACUCGCAUCAUGGGAAGUUUUGUCAAUAUGGGUGUAUGGAUAACUACUACACAGCACAUUACCAAUCCCCGAGACAAAUGGUUUGUUUAUGGGAUAAUUUAGCUAGAGGAAGGCCUCGGUGCUGCAAUUUUUGAUGAGAAAAGUUAGUGGUUGGUGUGUGAAAUUGCUUGGUUCGUUUGUGCGGUUUUGUGUGAUCUUACUGUGAAAACUAUAUGUAACAUGGAAUUGUGGUUUAUGGUGGGCAUGGUCAUGAAGAUGAACCAUGUUGGCCCUUUUUUGUUUAUUAUUAGUUAUGGGCCACUGGGUUUUGAGUAUGUACCCUUGAACUUUAGUGUUAGCCAUCUUGUAUACUUAAUUUGUAUAGUUCUGAUGAUGCUCUUUGUGUUAGCAACACUAAAUCAAUUUUCAUGUCUUUAAAGUGGAGGGGCUAAUGUUUAUGCA